AUGGCGGAACGCAUCUUGAUGAACGAAUACAAGUCCCUGGUGAAGGAGAAGUGGCUAAACAUCGAGUUGAACAACGAUGACAUAUUCAACUGGAACAUCGCUCUGAUCGUUCUCAACCCUGACUCACUUUACCAUGGCGGCUACUUUAAAGGAAAAAUCACUUUUCCUCAAAACUACCCUUAUUCACCUCCACAGUUCAGAUUUACUCCUUCUCUAUGGCACCCUAACAUCUACGACAACGGCUACGUAUGCAUCUCCAUCUUACACAAGCCCGGCGAAGACGAAAUGUCAGGGGAACUCGCUUCCGAACGCUGGUCGCCAGCCCAGCGAGUCGAAUCCGUUCUGAUCUCGAUCAUAUCUCUUCUUGACGACGCAGAGGUCAGCUCGCCUGCCAACGUCGAGGCUGGUGUGCAACUCCGCAGCAACCCAGCAGCCUACAAGAAGCGCGUCAAGUCUGAGGUCGAGAGAUCCCUCAAGGACAUUCCUGAGGGUUACGAAAUGCCUACAUCUCACGAGGCUAGCAUUGCACCACCUACUAAACCCAUCGAACGAGACGAGGACUUCUGGGUCGACAGCGGAGACGAGGAUUCCUUCGAGGAAAUGUUCGGUGGUAGCGACUCGGAGUGCGAGCUUGACGACCAGGACACUGGGAGUGAGCCUGAGACCGGUUCCCCAAUGUGA